AUGCCAACGAAGCCCGAAGCCCGAAGCCCCAAGCCCAGGUCCUCUUUAGGGGUUCUGGUUCUUUUCGUCUACAUAACCGAAGACUACAGAGUGAUUUCAAAGAUUUUCAAGAUGUGCGUCUACGAAGUUGUCCAAUACACCGGCCGUGUCAGCUGCGGCCAUGUGUACAUCACCAAGGUCGUUCGGUGUAGAGAAGCCUUCAAGCGCGCUGACAAGUCGCCCUGUGCAGACCCAAAGACACGGGCACUCAAUCCGAAAGCCCCGAACCCCGGCGGCGUCUGGGUCCUUAUGAAGAAGUGCAGCAGUGAAGAGAUGCUGCUGGAUGGUCCCUGUCCGCAGUGCAAGUCGAGAAAAGUUGUCGAUAUGACCAGGUUUCUUCCUUUCCCCUUUGAAGAUGGUCCUCUCAAGCGGUUGAUGAAGGGAGAACAAGGUCGUCCACAAAAGUGGUAUACGCGUUGA